CACACAGAGGAGAGCAUUGUCAUUCAAGAGCCUGGAGGAGCGCUGUAACCGGAUCCUGAGGAACAUGGAGGGUUCCCUGACGGCGCGGGACCGCGUGGGCAUCCAGGACUUCGUCCUGCUCGACGCCUACACCAGCGAGAGCGCCUUCCUGGACAACCUGAGGAAACGCUUCCACGAAAACCUCAUUUACACCUAUAUCGGCACGCUCCUAGUCUCUGUCAACCCCUACAAAGAACUGGACAUCUACUCAAAGAAGCAGAUGGACAUAUACAUGGGCGUCAACUUUUUUGAACUCCCGCCACACAUCUACGCCCUGGCGGAUAACGUGUACCGCACCAUGUUGGCCGAGUUCAAUCACCACUUCAUCCUCAUCUCAGGGGAGAGUGGUGCUGGGAAGACAGAGGCCUCCAAGAAGAUCCUCCAGUUCUAUGCCGUCAGCUGCCCCAGCACCAAACUCCUGGACAACGUCCGAGACCGCCUGCUUCUCUCCAACCCCGUGCUCGAGGCUUUCGGAAAUGCCAAAACCCUGAAGAACGACAACUCGAGUCGCUUUGGGAAGUACAUGGAUAUCCAGUUUGACCAUCAGGGGGCUGCGGUUGGAGGCCACAUUCUGAGUUACCUUCUGGAAAAGUCCAGGGUUGUCCACCAAAACCAUGGAGAGAGGAACUUCCAUAUUUUCUACCAGCUGGUGGAGGGAGGGGAGGAGGAUCUGCUGCGCUGGCUGGGCCUGGAGAGGAACUGUCAGCAGUACAGUUACCUGGUACAGGGGGAUUGUGCCAAAGUGAGCUCCAUCAACGAUAAGACUGACUGGAAGACUGUGAGGAAAGCCCUUGAUGUCAUAGAUUUCAGUGAGAGCAACAUAGAGAACUUGUUCGGAAUCAUCGCUAGUGUUCUCCACCUGGGAAAUGUCAAGUUUGAGGCAGACCACAGAGGGUACGCUGUCCUGAACAACAGUCCAGAGAUACACUGGCUGUCAAAGUUGCUGGGUAUUCCCGCCCAGGUGCUGCAGAAGGGCUUGACCCACCGGAAGAUCGAGGCCAAAACAGAGGAGGUGCUGAGUCCCUUCACAGUGGAACAUGCAGUGUAUGCCAGGGACGCCCUAGCCAAAGCAAUCUAUGGCCGGACCUUCACCUGGCUGGUGAACAAGAUUAACGAGUCCCUGGCGAACAAGGAUUCGUCAAGGAAAACAGUCAUCGGCCUUCUCGACAUCUAUGGUUUUGAAGUCUUCCACGUGAACAGUUUUGAGCAGUUUUGCAUCAACUACUGCAACGAGAAACUGCAGCAGCUCUUCAUUGAGUUGACUCUUAAGUCUGAACAGGAGGAGUACGAGAUGGAGGGGAUUGAAUGGGAACCAGUGCCAUACUUCAAUAACAAGAUCAUCUGUGACUUAGUUGAGGAAAAAUACAGAGGCAUCAUCUCAAUACUAGACGAGGAGUGUUUACGUCCAGGAGAAGCCACAGACCUCACCUUCCUGGAGAAGCUGGAGGGGACCAUGGGCGGGCACCCGCAUUUUGUCACACACAAGCUGGCCGACCAGAAAACCAGGAAGACACUGGAGCGAGGAGACUUCCGUCUACUGCACUACGCAGGGGAAGUCACAUACUGUGUGGUCGGUGAGAGAGGAUUUCCUCUGGGUCACCCUCGGCUUUCUCUUUCUUCCUCUAACUCACUCUCUCUCUCUAACUCUGUCGCUCACACUCUCCUUCUAUCCUUCUUUCUUUCGCUCUUCCCAUGUCCUCGUUUGGGUCGUUCUAAUACAGUUCAACAGUCCCUUCAUAUUCCAACUCCAUAUCUCCAGUCCCCAUCUCUUAACCACUCUCCUCUGCUUCUCCCAGGGUUCCUGGACAAGAAUAACGAUCUCCUGUACCGGAACAUUAAGGAGGUCAUGCGUCAGUCUAAGAACGCCAUCGUCAAACACUGCUUCCCGUCGUCGGAGCCGGACAGCAAGCGGAGGCCUGAGACGGUGGCCACUCAGUUCAAGGCCAGUCUGGUGGGUCUGGCUGAGAUCCUCAUGACCAAGGAGCCGUGGUAUGUACGCUGCCUGAAGCCCAACGAUGGCAAGCAGCCAGGGCGCUUUGAUGACGUGCUAGUGAGGCACCAGGUGAAGUACCUGGGCCUGAUGGAGCACCUUAGGGUCAGGCGAGCCGGCUUUGCCUACCGACGCAGAUAUGAGGUCUUCCUUCAGAGGUACAAGCCUCUGUGUCCAGACACCUGGCCCAACUGGAAGGGCACGGCAGCAGAGGGGGUGGAGCUCUUGGUCAAACACCUGGGCUAUAAACCCAACGAGUACAAGCUGGGAAGGACCAAAAUCUUCAUCCGCCAUCCCAGAACCCUGUUUGCCACUGAAGACGCCUUUGAGAUCUGCAAGCAUGAGCUGGCAACAAGGAUCCAGGCAAAAUACAAGGGCUACAGGGAGAAGGAAAACUUCCUGAAACAGAAGGAAGCAGCCACUAAGAUAGAAAACUGCUGGAGAGGUUUGAAAGCCCGGAAAGAGCGGGAAAAAAGAGCCUGGGCUGUGAAAGUUAUUAAGAGGUUCAUCAAAGGCUUCAUGACCAGAAACCAGCCAACAUGCCUGGACAACUCUGAAUACCUGGCGUUUGUCAGGCAGAACUACCUUACAAGACUCAAGGACAAUCUACCCAAAUCCGUUCUGGACCAGAACACCUGGCUAACACCACCCCCCAUUAUGCAGGAGACAUCUCAACUGCUGAAGGCUCUGUACACUCGUCACAUGGUACGGAAGUAUGUGCGAGGAGUCACACCACAGAAGAAGAUGCAGCUACAGUUGAAAGGACUGACCAGUUCCAUGUUCAAAGGGAGGAAGGAGAACUACCCUUACAGUGUGUGCAGACCUUUCGUGGACACCAGGAUAAGUGAGGAGGACAUCCACAUUAAAGUCCUGCAGACGAUAAGGCAUGAGCGCAUCAAGUACAGCGCUCCAGUGGUCAAGUAUGACAGGAACGGUUUCCGGACUCGCUUCAGGCAGCUCAUCUUCACCCAGACAGCUGCCUAUCUGGUGGAGGAGGCCAAGGUGAAGCAGAGGGUGGAGUACAACGCUCUCAAAGGUGUGUCAGUCAGCAAUCUGAGUGACAACUUCUUAAUCCUCCAUGUCACCUGUGAGGACAUCAAGAAAAAGGGGGACUUGGUGCUGCAGUGUGACUUCCUGUUUGAGGCUUUGACUAAGCUGUGUGUGGUGGCCAAUAAGCAGAACUGCAUCAAAGUAGUUCAGGGGAGUGUAAGGUUUGAUAUCCAGCCAGGCAGAGAAGGGUUUGUCGACUUCAAGAGCGGACAGGAGUUCAUGGUGUACAGAGCUAAAAACGGGCAUUUGAUGGUGGAAUCAACAAAGGCCAAGUCAAGAUGAUGACCACACACAGAUGGGGUUGUGACUAGCCUGGCCUUUCCCUCACAGGGACAGCAUAGAUCCGAGAUUCCUUCCAGUUGAAAACUUUGAUCUUUUUCUCUGUGAAGUUUAACUAAACAACUCCAACAUGGUCACAUACCUACAAGAAGCUGCAAUAUCCAAGUGAGAUUUAAGUCUCUAUUCAUACUGUAGUCUUUUACAUCAAUAAAAUAGUACUGAUGUCCAACACUUAUGCGUAUUUUGGUGAGCUGUAAAUCAGGUGCAUGGACAACUUUGUCAGGCUAUGGCUGUUAACAUGUUACUGUUUUAUUUGUAAAUAUUGACAUACAUUUUUGGUAUUAUUUUCAGUAGAUUUCAUUAUCCCAUUUUAUAGAUGUUAGUAAUGUACAAGAUGGGUGGUCCUAAGACAAAAGCCAUGUGUCAAUUUUUAUAGUUUCUCCCAGGGAUGCAAUACCAUAUUCACAAUAAAAAAUAUAUAUAACCACGUGUGUACUCAUACAAAUCUUUAUUUCUAGAAAAGUUGAUAAA